AUGGCGCCCGGAACGCCGACGCUGCGGCGGCAGGGCACGGCGGAGUUCUUGGGCGCGCUGCUGCGGUCGGAAUCGGCGCACGACGUGGCGCAGGAGGCGGACGUGGACGACGGGAGGGUGGGGACGCUGACGAAGACGCGCGUCGACGGCGACGACGACGCGUGGGCGAACGCGAGCGAACCUGGAAGCCCGUUCACGGGCGCGCGCGUGGGAAUGCGACGACGGGGGAGCGGGCAGAGCGCGCGAGGGCUGCCGGUGGAUCCGUUUCCGCUGAGCGAGGUGAGUAGGUUCGAGAGGGGGGACAGUCUGCGGGGAGGCGACGGGUUCGGCGAGGCGACGACGACGACGACGGAUGGGCGCGAGACGGUGACCGAAGACGUCAAACGCGCGACGACGGCGACGGUGACGAUGGUGAAGAGCGUGCGGAAGAGCGCGAGGAACGCGGGGAAGUCUGGAACGAGGACGACGGCGGGGAAGAAGGCGUCGGGAAGCGCGAAGAGCGCGGCGCCGAACGCCGGAUUCAAGUCCGCGGCGUUCGGUAAGGUGAACGCGCAACACGGGGCGAACGAUGCGGGCGAUCAUCACGGAUGGACGUACAUUCCUAAACGUGCCGAUCGUCGACGCGCUAUCGCGCGAUUUACGACCGCGAUCAUUCGCGCCGCGGGGCAUCAGAGUUUCAUAAGUCGCGAGGGCGUGGGCUAUCGCAGAGCUUUCGAUAGAUUUCUUUUGGAGACGUACGGGGACACGUUCGCGGAGGGUGGAUACUGGUACAAGAACGCCGAAAUCGAGCCGUUUUUUCGUAUGAUUCUCUUCAUCGCCACGGAAGGGAAGAUGAACAUAGCGAACGACGACGUGAAGUAUUUAUUCACGAAGAAGGAGGAGCGACAGGCGGCGGAGUGGGUGCUCGACGAGGACGUCUUGGCCAGACUCGGACUGACGGCCAAGGAUGUCGCGCUGGUGUACGAGGGUCAACCGAGAAAGACGUCCAAAGGAUUCGUGCGCGGCACGCCUCUGAAGGUCCCGCCUUCGACGCACAUGCCCCCGGAGCCCGCGCCGUCUUUGGAAGCCGUGGUGCGCGCCAAGACGACCAACUCCGCCGCCAUGCCACCGCCACCGCCUCGAGCGCGCACGCCCUCCAUCGUGCAAUCGGCGGCGAUGAGCGAAACCGGCGACGCGGCGAGCUCCAUGAUCGGCGUUCCGAUGGAGAUUCAAAAACUCUUUGAGCAAAUUCCGAAACCAAACAUUCACCCCGGAUUGAGCGCGACGAAAUCGAGACAAAUGUCUCGACAGUACUCGAGCGAUCUCUCUCGGCUGAUGAGCGAAUUCAACACCGAUCCCGCGCAAGGCGAUGAAUUCGUGCGCCAGUAUCUCCAGCGCAGCGCGAGCGAACUCGACGCCAUCGCGGCGAUUCAAGGCAGCGAGAGCAAGGCAAAGUCGCGCGCGGCGGCGGCGGCGAACAAGAAACCCGCGGUCAAGAAAUCGACACCCACUAGCACCACAACCAGCGCGUCUCGCGCGUCUAAACGUAAGCGCUAA